GUGACCACAUGAAGAUGGACAUACCAGAUUUAAUUACACACUAAAACUGACAACAACUGUGAAUAAUAGUUUUUAGUAAUUAACAGGCGCAUAAAUGGUGACAAAGCCCUAGCCGGUAAUUGGGGUAACUUUGUGUCUCUAUGGCUCUUGGUCGGCAGGACGUUACCCUACAUGAUGACGUAACUUCACACCCACAUUCAGCGAGCGCAGAGGCUGAUGGGAAGAAAGGUCAAGAAUCACAAGCUGUUGAAGACACGGAUCUAGUGCUGCGACAAAGAUUAUCUAAUACUCCAGGUGAAACUAGUCUGUUAUUUUAAAUGAGACCUGUACGCUUUGCUGCUAACAAUACAGCAAAAUUACAAUACGCUAUCGCACGGUUCUGUGUGACUCGCCGCCGAUACAGCACUCUGGCUCAAUAGCUAACGUUAGCUGGCUAGCAGCUGCAUUGUUAUUGUUUUCGCUUUAUUUGGGGGCAGUAUAUACACACCUCACAGAGGUUCCUCAGCCGAGACAGGGGCCUGGACUACCUGAGUGAUGGUUUUCUGUCCGUCCCGGGACAAUGGAUGAGAAAUCCAGCAGCAGCAGCAGCCACCACCGGCUUCUCAUCGUCCUACUCAUGGCGUUGCUCUUUGGCGUCAUGAUGAUCCAGUACGUGUGUCCGAGCAGGUCUGAGUGCCAGAUGCUGCACCAGCUGGGAUCCUGGUUGAAGGUCGGUGGUACAACUGGUUCCCACAGCAGUGGCAAUGAAGUCCAAGAUGGGCUCUUAAAGGAUCCGUACAUUGCAGAAGACGGCGCUCUGGUCCGCUUUGUCCCUCGCUUCAACUUCACCAAAGCCGAUUUAAAUCGUGUUGUAGACUUCAACAUCAAAGGGGAUGAUGUUAUAGUUUUUCUGCACAUUCAAAAAACAGGUGGCACGACGUUUGGUCGACACCUGGUGCGGAAUAUUCAGCUGGAGAGGCCGUGUGAGUGCCACGCAGGUCAGAAGAAAUGUACCUGUUACCGGCCAGGUAAAAAGGAAACCUGGCUCUUUUCACGUUUCUCCACCGGCUGGAGCUGCGGGCUUCAUGCGGACUGGACUGAGCUAACCAGUUGUGUCCCGUCACGCAUGGACUCACGAGAGGCUCCUAAGAACCUGCCCAGAAGGAACUAUUAUUAUAUAACCAUCUUAAGAGACCCGGUGUCACGCUACUUGAGCGAGUGGCGUCAUGUGCAGCGUGGUGCCACAUGGAAAGCCUCCUUACAUGUGUGUGAUGGACGUUCACCAACACUGUCUGAGCUACCAAGCUGCUACUCAGGAGACGACUGGUCAGGUUGCUCCCUGCAGGAGUUCAUGGACUGCCCCUACAACCUGGCCAACAACCGGCAGACCCGCAUGCUGGCUGACCUCAGCCUGGUGGGGUGCUACAACGUCUCUGGUACGAGUGAGGAAGAGCGGUGGGCAGUACUUCUGGAGAGUGCUAAACGUAACCUUCGGGGAAUGGCCUUCUUUGGGCUAACUGAGUACCAGCGUAAGACCCAGUACCUGUUUGAGCGAACCUUCAACUUGGAGUUCAUUGCACCCUUCACACAGCUCAAUGGCACACGUGCCUCCAGUGUUGACGUACCUCCUGAGACGCAACACAGAAUCCGCCAGCUAAACCAGUGGGACGUAGAGCUAUAUGAGUACGCCCGUGACCUUUUCCUGCAGCGUUUCCAGGUGGCGAGGCAGCAGGAGCGCAGGCAGGCCAGAGAGAGGCGGCAGCAGGAGAGGAGGCGGCUCCGUGGACGGCUCACAACAAAGCAAGGGAGGCAGCUGAAGCCCACAGAAACACCUCAUCAACAUGACAGCCACUCUGUAGUAACUGAGGAGCAGCAGAGGGAGAAGGCUGGUGAAGACAGUGUGGAGUCAGAAAUGCUUCUCCCAGAGUGGUGGGAUCUGGAUGAGAAUAGUACCAUUGAGGACUAUAUGGACAAUGUGGAACAGUGGUAGUUACGGGAACAAGCAGUAGGGUCUUAAUACUAAGUGUGCCAAGUUCUGCCUUGUCUGUUGUUAAUUAAUCCAAGUUAAUUUUAGUAUUUGCCUUCCACUAUGAUUUUUGUCACUAUGAACUGUUUUAAAAUGACACAUUUAUUUAUUGAUACCAAUUGUAUUUCUUUGCCUCAACUGACAUUCAUAAUGGAUACAUUUUCUUGACAAGAAGAAAGGCUGCUCUAGUUACCUGUUAUCUCAUACCUUUUAGUGUUCACACAAGCCUUCUAGAUUGUUCUCUUGGCUUUUAAACACAUCUGAAAACUUGUGAUGUAGCUUGAAAUGAGGGUAAAUAAUUUUCUUUGUCAAAAGGAACAAUGUGACACUUGUUUCUAUUUAAAAUAUGCUACUGUUUGUGAUUAACAAUCUAUAUGUUUGCCAGAUUGUUGUCUUGUAUGAAAUAUGUACAUUUUGAAAUGUACCUGUGUUUUUAAGUGUCUCUUAAGUUACAGAGGAGAAUGGAAUUUUCAUAGAUACCUCAAUGUGUUGCAUUAACUGCUAAUGUUGUAAAAUUACUGAAUGUGU